CUCCACCUCCUCCAAUACCUUCCUCCUCCACCACCCUCCUCCACCUUCCUCUCCACCUCCUUCAUCCUCCUCCCGCUCCGCAUCACCCUCGUGGCUCUCAACCCCCCUCCGCCCCCCCCCCCCUAUAAGGAAGAGGUUUUUUUGUGGGGUUCUAAGCUUCAUCGUCGUCAUCUUAAUCAUCAUCGGCGGAACAAACACAAAAAACCCACAGUCAUCAUCAGCAGCAGCAUCAUCAUCAGCAGCAAGAAGCGGUGUUCGGCGUGAAAUAGCGAAAGCGGAAGACGCCGCAGCGUUGAUGCUGCUCCAUUCAUUGGCACAGGCGGGCGGCGAGCGAGGGUAGUUGUGGUCAGGGCACUGCGGUGGAGCUCCGUGCUGCCGCAUGCACAGAGCAGCGUGGGUCGGUGUGGUGUCAGUUAGUGUGGUGUACCCUGUGGGUGAGUGUAGUGGAGGUUAGUGUGGUGGAGGUUAGCGUGGGUGAGUGUGGUGGAGGUUAGCGUGGGUGAGUGUGGUGGAGGUUAGUGUGGUGGAGGUUAGUGUGGCGAAGGUUAGUGUAGUGGAGGUUAGUGUGGGUGAGUGUAGUGUGGGUGAGUGUAGUGGAGGUUAGCGUGGUGCAGGGCAGUGGAGGUUAGUGUGGGUGAGUGUAGUGUGGGUGAGUGUAGUGUGGGUGAGUGUAGUGUGGGUGAGUGUAGUGUGGGUGAGUGUAGUGUGGGUGAGUGUAGUGGAGGUGAGUGUAGUGGAGGUUAGUGUAGUGGAGGUUAGUGUGGGUGAGUGUAGUGUGGGUGAGUGUAGUGUGGGUGAGUGUAGUGUGGGUGAGUGUAGUGUGGGUGAGUGUAGUGUGGGUGAGUGUAGUGUGGGUGAGUGUAGUGUGGGUGAGUGUAGUGUGGGUGAGUGUAGUGGAGGUGGAGGUGUGGUGCAGCGUUCUGCACGUGGCUGUCGCCCCAUGCCCCGGUGACGAUGUCCACCACGGAGCUCUACUGCAAGCUCACCAAGGUAUGGAUCCCGCACGCGGACGAGGUGUGGGUGUCGGCGGAGAUCUGCCAGGAUUACCGCGACGGAGACCGCCUGCUGCAGCUUAGGCUCGAAGAUGGCAGGGUGGUGCAGCACCCGCUGGAGGGGGGGCAGCUCCCGCCCCUGCGCAACCCCGACAUUCUGGUGGGAGAGAACGAUCUGACGGCACUCAGCUACUUGCAUGAGCCGGCCGUGCUGCACAACCUCAAAGUCCGCUUUGCCGAGUCCAACCACAUAUACACGUACUGCGGCAUCGUGCUGGUCGCCAUCAACCCUUACGAGCAGAUGCCCAUCUAUGGCGAGGAUAUCAUCUUCGCCUACAGCGGGCAGAACAUGGGCGACAUGGACCCGCACAUCUUUGCCGUCGCUGAGGAGGCCUACAAGCAGAUGGCACGGGAUGAGAAGAAUCAGUCGAUCAUCGUGAGCGGGGAGUCGGGCGCCGGCAAGACGGUGUCGGCCAAGUACGCGAUGCGAUAUUUCGCCACGGUCGGGGGCUCGGCCAGCGAGGCCAACAUCGAGGAGAAGGUGCUGGCCUCCAACCCCAUCAUGGAGGCCAUCGGCAACGCCAAGACGACGCGCAACGACAACAGCAGCCGCUUCGGCAAGUACAUCGAGAUCGGCUUCAACCGGCAGUACCUCAUCGUCGGCGCCAACAUGCGCACGUACCUCCUGGAGAAGUCUCGCGUCGUCUUCCAGGCGGAGGAGGAGCGGAACUACCACGUGUUCUACCAGCUCUGCGCCAGCGCCGAGCUGCCCGAGUUCAAGGAGCUCCGCCUGGAACCGGCGGAGGCGUUCGCUUACACGGCGCAGGGCGGCAACGCGGUCAUCGAGGAGGUGGACGAUGGCGAGGACCUGGAGCGCACUCGGCGAGCGUUCGCGCUCCUGGGUAUCAGUGCGAGCUAUCAGAUGGGGAUAUUUAAGAUCAUAGCCGGCAUCCUUCACCUGGGCAACGUGGACGUGCAGUCGCAGGACCGUGAGCAGGAGACCUGCUUCGUCAACAAGGAAGACAAGCACCUGAACAUCUUCUGCGAGCUGCUGGGGCUGGAGAGGGACCAGAUGGCGCACUGGCUGUGCCACCGCAAGAUCUCGACGGGCGCCGAGACCUACGUGAAGCCCAUGGGGCGCGCGCAGGCCCAGAACGCUCGCGACGCUCUCGCCAAGCACGUGUACGCGCAGCUCUUCUCCUGGAUCGUGCUCCGCAUCAACAAGGCGCUGCGCUCCUCCACCAAGCAGCACUCCUUCAUCGGCGUGCUCGACAUCUACGGGUUCGAGACGUUUGAAAUCAAUAGCUUCGAACAGUUCUGUAUCAACUACGCCAAUGAAAAGCUACAGCAGCAGUUCAACCUGCACGUCUUCAAGCUGGAGCAGGAGGAGUACAUGCGGGAGGAGAUCCCCUGGACGCUCAUCGACUUCUACGACAACCAGCCGUGCAUCGACCUCAUCGAGGCCAAGCUGGGCGUUCUCGAUCUGCUGGACGAAGAGUGCAAGAUGCCCAAGGGCUCCGACCAGAGCUGGGCACAGAAGCUGUACGAGAAGCACCUCGGGCGUGGCAAGCACUUCCUGAAGCCUCGCAUGUCCAACGUGGCCUUCAUCAUCUGCCACUUCGCCGACAAGGUGGAGUACCAGUGCGAUGGCUUCCUCGAGAAGAACCGGGACACGGUCUACGAGGAGCAGAUCAACAUCCUCAAGGCCAGCCAGUUUGAGCUGGUGGCGGAGCUCUUCCAGGACGAGGGGAAAGACGGAGCCGGCGCGGCGACGACGGCGGCGCCGGCGCGCGGGAGGGCGGGCUCGGGGAGCCGGGCGCCCCCCCCCUCGCACAGCGUGCGCUCUGCUCGCCCGGGGGCCAAGGGCUCGAGCCGCGAGCACAAGCGCAGCGUCGGCCUCCAGUUCCGGAAUUCGCUGCACCUGCUCAUGGAGACACUGAACGCCACCACUCCUCACUACGUGCGCUGCAUCAAGCCCAACGAUGACAAGAUGGCCUUCACGUUUGACCCCAAGCGAGCCGUGCAGCAGCUGAGAGCGUGCGGGGUCCUGGAGACGAUCCGACUGAGCGCCGCCGGGUACCCGUCCAGGUGGACCUACCAGGAGUUCUUCAACCGCUACCGCGUGCUCAUGAGGAAGAAGGACAUUGUGAGCGACGACAAGAAGCAGACCGUGCAGAACGUGCUGGAGCACGUCAUCAAGGACCCGGACAAGUUCCAGUUUGGCAAAACCAAGAUCUUCUUCCGAGCGGGCCAGGUGGCGUACCUGGAGAAGCUGCGCGCAGACAAGCUGCGCGCGGCCUGCAUCCGAAUGCAGAAGACGAUCCGCGGGUGGCUGCAGCGCAAGCGCUACCUGCGCAUGCGCGCGGCGGCCAUCACCAUCCAGCGCUACGUGCGCGGCCACCAGGCCCGCCGGCUGGCCCAGUUCAUGCGGAGAACGCGGGCGGCUGUCAUCAUCCAGACGGCGUACCGCAUGUACCGCGUGCGCCGCGCCUACGCCAAGAUACGCCGCACCGCCAUCCGCAUGCAGGCCCGGGCGCGAGGGAUAUUCGCUCGGCAGCGAUACCAGCAGAUGCUGUACCGGCACAAAGCGGUGGUGCUGCAGAAGCACGUGCGGGGCUGGCUGGCGCGGCGGCUGGUGCAGCGCGAGCUGCGCGCCGUCGUGCACCUGCAGUGCUGCGUGCGCCGCAUGCGAGCGCGCCGCGAGCUCAAGCAGCUGCGCAUCGAGGCGCGCUCGGUGGAGCACUUCAAGACGCUGCACAAGGGCAUGGAGAACAAGGUCGUGCAGCUGCAGAUGAAGGUCAACGAGCAGACGCGGGACAGCAAGGCGAUGCAGGAGCGCCUGGCGGCCACGGAGCACGCGCACGCGCAGGAGGCGGAGCGGCUGCGCUCCGAGCUGGAGCGGCUGCGCGCCGGCGCCGACGAGGCUCGUAGCUCGGGCACGCGGCUCGCCGGGCUCGCCGACGAGGUGCAGCAGCUGCGCGAGCAGCUGGAGCGAGCGCUCGCCGAGAAGAGCGCGCUGCAAGAGAACGCGAGCAAGUACCAGCAGGAGACCCAGAAGGUGGUGGCUGAGCUCAUGGAGCAGACGGCGCUGCUCAAGAGCGAGAAGGAGGAGCUGAACCUGCGCAUCCAGGCCAAGGACAAGGAGAUGCACGAUGAGCUGAAUGCGCGCCUGGCGGACGAGACGCGGCAGCUGCAGGCGGACCUGGACGAGGAGCGCUCGCGCUACCAGUCGCUCGUCAAGGAGUUCUCGCGCCUCGAGCUGCGGCACGAGAACCUGCGCGAAGAGACCGAGAUGCUCAAGGCAACCGCGAAGCCGGGCCACAGGCGGACCGGCUCCACGCAGAGCAGCAACGAGUCGGAGUCGGCCUACAACUCCAUCAUGACGUCCGACGUCGACACCACGGACUUGACCCGCCACCUGGAGGAGGUGGACACCGUCAAGGCCGCAAUGGACUUCACCAUUUUCCUGAAGCUGCAGAAGCGCGUGCGGGAGUUGGAGCAGGAGAAGCGGUGGAUGCAGGAGCGCCUUGACAGACACGAGGGCAAGGGCAUCGACGGCGACUCGGUGUCCGACCAGGCCCUCCCAGCAGCCAAGGGGGCGGCCGACCCCCGCACGGACGAGGAGAUUGAGUACGACGACCUCAAGCGGAGCGAGCUGGAAGCGGAGAACCGGCGGCUCAAGUCGGAGCUGGACGAGCUGCGGCACUCGCUGCGGGACGACGAGCGGGCCACGGGGCCCGGCCGGGCGGCCGGCUGCACGCCGUACGACCACGUGCUGGGACACCUCAACGCCGCGCUGGAGGAGCUCGAGGUGCGACGCGAGGAGGUGCUGCACCUCAAGUCGCAGAUCCUGGGCGGCGAGCGGCAGAAGGGAUCCAUGUCCGAGGCAGCGGCGCGCUUUGCCCAGGACCUGGAGAAGUUGGACGACGAGGAGGAGGUGAAGAGGGCGUACAUGGGCGUGCGCGAGGCCAACAGACGGGAGCGGGACCUGGAAGACGAAGACUUUGUUCUGGCCUAUGAGGGGUUAAAAAAGACCACGAGGCUGCUGGAGAGCCAGCUGCAGGGCCAGGCGCGCCGCCACGAGGCGCAGCUGGAGUCGUCGCGGCGCGAGGCGGCGCUGCUCAGGGAGGAGAACGGGCGGCUCGCGCAGUCGCUGCAGCUGCCCCCGGACGCGCGCGUGGAGCCCAGCCUGCAGCUGGAGAUCACGCGCCUCACCAACGAGAACCUGGAUCUCUGGGAAAAGAACGAGAACCAGGAGAAGACGAUCCGCAAGCUCAAGAAGCAGCUGAAGGUUCUGGAUCGCAAGAUCAAAGACCUGGAGGCGGGCGUGGCGCCCCACGCGGAGCCGGCGGUCGAGGAGAUGGCGACGCGUCACCCGGCGAUCCAGCGCCUGGAGAAGGAGUUCCAGGGCAUGCUGGAGUUCCACAACGACGACGAGAACCGCCUCAUCAGGAACCUCGUUGUCGACUUGAAGCCAAAUGAGCUGUCCCAGAGGCUCCUUCCGGGGCUGCCCGCGUACAUCCUGUUCAUGUGCGUGCGCCACGCCGACUACACCAACGAUGACCAGAAGGUCCGCUCGCUGCUCACCUCCACUAUCAACGGCAUCAAGAAAGUCCUCAAGAAGCGCAACGAUGACUUUGAGAUCGUCUGCUUCUGGCUGUCCAACACGUGCCGCCUGCUUCACUGCCUCAAGCAGUACAGCGGGGAGGAGGGCUACGCGCAGCAGAACACCUCCAAGCAGAACGAGCACUGCCUCAAGAACUUUGACCUCACCGAGUACCGGCAGGUGCUGAGCGACCUGGCGAUCCACAUCUACCAGCAGCUGAUCAAGAUCAUCGAGGUUGUCCUGCAGCCCAUGAUUGUGCCCGGAAUGCUGGAGCACGAGACCAUCCAGAGCGUGUCGAGCGUGAAGGCCACCGGCUUGCGCAAGCGCUCGUCCAGCAUCGCCAACGGGGGCUCCCACUUCACCCUCGAGUCGAUCCUGCGCCAGCUGUCCGUCAUCUACGACACGAUGGGCCGCCACGGCAUGGACCCCGAGCUGGUGAAGCAGGUGGUGCGCCAGGUGUUCUAUCAGCUGGGCUCCACCACCCUCAACAACCUGCUGCUGCGCAAAGACAUGUGCUCGUGGAGCAAGGGCAUGCAGAUCAGGUACAACGUGAGCCAGUUGGAGGAGUGGCUCCGGGACCGCAAGCUGCAGGACAGCGGCGCCAAGGAGACGCUGCUGCCCCUCAUCGAGGCCGCCCAGGUGUUGCAGGUCAACAAGAAGACCGAGCAGGACGCCGAGGCCAUCUGCUCCAUCUGCACGGCGCUCUCGCCCGCGCAGAUUACGAAGAUCCUGAACCUGUACACCCCUGUGAACGAGUUUGAGGAGCGCGUGACCGUCUCGUUCAUUCGCAUCAUCCAGGGCCAGCUGAAGGAGCGACCCAACUCCACGCAGCUGCUCAUGGACGCCAAGCGAAUGUUCCCCGUCACCUUCCCCUUCAACCCCUCCUCCCUGGGGCUCGACUCCAUCCAGAUCCCCGGCACCCUGAGCCUCGCCUUCCUCAACCGCGUCUAGAGCCGCCUCCUCAUUCGCUCCCACAAAGGGCCGCCACCAUCUCCCCUCUCCCGUUUUACUUGUCAUUGUUGUUUUAAACGGCGGCCAGCAUCGCCCGGCAGCAUGAACAUUGCCAAGAAACGCGAGCGGCUCGCGGGCCAAUUCUCAGCGCGCUCCGGGCUUCACAGGGAGGUGCUUGCAAGCUGUCAGUACCGUGGUUAGCAAGGUCAGGGGUCCUGGUGCAAGGAACGAAAUGGGGGUGUGUGUGUCCAUCCCCCCCCAUCUUCUUCAAAGGCCCCAGGGUGCCCUAGGCCCGCGAGUCCCGGUGCGGUCGCUCACCGCCUGCACACUCGGCAGCUACGCCGCUGGGUUCUUACCCAUUGCCCGCUGCAGAUAGAAACCGCGUGAGAUGCCGUGGCCGAGUUGUCGGUGGUGGUGGUGAUGGCCCUCGUAUCCUCAGGUUGGCCAGGACUCACCAGGGCGCCGGUGUGUACGUGUACAAAGACUCGCGCGCGCACCCACACGGACCACCACCCUCCUGUGCCCUGACAAAGUCACCAUCGUCAACCCGCCUAACUACCAUCAGUAAAUAAAGCAAAACGUAAUUGGCUCGUGUCUGUGGUAUCUGCAUCUCCUAACGUUAUUCACUACAUUCCACCACGGUUUCGCAGUUGGGUUAGUUCCUACUAAUCUUAGUUACGACAAAUAAAGGGUUAGUUACAAAAAUCCGGGUCUGACCAAUUGCCUAACAAGGGGUUUAUAGGCGAUGUUAAAAACAUAUCAAACAAUGUUUUGGAUUAUUUGCGCAGAACAUCUCUGUACAGUUGUAUCGGUUGCAUUGCCAUAGCGUUGCGCGCCACCUCUCGGCUCUCUCGUCGGGUCUGGCGUGUUUUCCCCGUUGUGUGUAUUUUCUUUGUUGUAAGCAAUGUCGUCACGGUGCCACCAAGAACAAAACCUACCGAAGGAAACCGUCAGGAAGGAAGGAAGGUUGUGCCGGUGGAGCAUUCGUGGGAGCGGCAGAGGAGAGAGUCCACGAGGGGGGGGGGGGGUUCAGUGCCCCCACGUGGCUGUGUUGGGGUGAACCCACAACGGCGUCUGUACUUUACCCCUGGAGCCAUCGGCGUGCAAUGUGGACACACGUUUGCCUCUCUCACCUCCAGAUCGCGACCCAGGUGCGUCGCGGCUGCUAUGCGCGCGUCUCACGGUCUCCCGUCUCGCGGCUCCGCCCGUGCGUCAAGCUUUGACCCCGUUGCAAUCGGUACCUGGCGGUCGCCGCUCGUCGUCGAGGGUUAAGAUUCCGCAGUAAGCUUUCAGGAAUUGACAAAAUUAGUGAUUGUGGGUAAUUCUAGGACGCGCGCCGCUGUGCCGGUGAAUCAUUGAUGGGCCUCCUCUCCAGAUUGCCGUCUCGGAAUUCUCACGCAGAGCGCGCGUGCGUCCUCUUACAAAACAUCGCCACACAACCGCAGGAGGAUACUCAACCCACGUGCGAACGUGGCGACCGCCCGUUCACCCAACGUUUGUUCAAAGCAAACGCUGUGCGUGCGUUAGUUAUAGUGAAUAGUAAGAACCCGAAUGCCGUUUUAGUUUAUGAAAACUUAUUUUUUUUCUUUCUAAAUGCAGUUUACAUUCUUUUUCCUCUUUUGUGAGAGGUUUUGCUCGGCAAUCCUGGCAGGGCAAACGCCAUGUAUUCGCCGCUUCCAGAGCCCGCGGGGCUCUUUUUAUCUGCAGGUGCGGCAGCUCUCAGAGCUUCCUGGUCUGUUGCAGCGGUGGCGGUGGUGGCGGUGGUGGCGGUGGCGGUGGUGGCGGUGGUGGUGGCUGCACAGCGAUGUUUCCGCGCGUACUGGGUCACCUGUACCUUGUCGGUCAUGUUGUCUUAGAUUUAUUAAUUUUAUACACUUAGGGGUUUUUUUUUCUUUCUACAAAUAUACAUUUGGCGGUUGUACCCGGACCAACACCUUUGUGGCAUCAAGAGCAGUCCCAUUCCCUCCUGUCGCCCACUUUUGGCUGUGGUCUCGCGUGCCCCGUGGCCAUGAAUCCAUCGCGGUCUUUGAGUCUCAAGACCCUUUAUCAGGAGGGUCCUGCCAAGUGUUCGCAGCAGGGGUGGUCGAUGUUGCGUGUGUGCGUGCGUCCGUGUGCGCAUGAUCCCAAUUGAAUAAUCCCCAGGUAAUAUUUCAGCAUUGGGAUGUUUUGGCCAAUACCGGUGACAUCGUGUGUGGGUUUUUAGCUGCGGGAGGAAAUUGGUGAGCGUGCAGGAAACCGAUGCAGAACAGGGGGGUAGGGGGGGAGAAAGAGAAACGUGCAAACUGCACUUCGCUCGCACGCAAGACAAAGAGGAUUCCGCUAUGGCCGUCACCAGCGUGUUGGUGCGGGUGCUGCUUGUGAGUGGCGAUGGGGGGGACGACAAAACGACAACAAAUUCGAGCGAGUGGCCAGCACCACGCCCGGCCGGCAUCGUCUCCCCAGUGCUGAUGUUUGACUCGCCGGCACCGGGUACCCUGUCAAGGCCGAGGCGACUCGGGGGAGGCCCCCCCCCCCCCCCCCCCCGAGGCUGCUUGAAAUAUUUGUCACCGAUUUUGACCGUGAGCGGGAACCCGAAAUGCGGUCGCCGAGUUGGUCCAGCUGUGUGAGGCCUCGCGCGUGGAAUCAAGACGUCAGACCCAUUCAUUUACCCAAGCGGAAUUUCCGACGAGAACAUUUCUUUUAUGUAAACACCCGUUGCUACAUUGUGCCUAUUAGAUACUUUUUAAAGUUAAGACUUCAACAACAACAACAAAAAAGGAACAUUUCCUGAAAAAAACAGGAAUGCACGCUCUGUGUCAGGGUCUUGACCUCCACGGUCGUGAACCCACCGCCGAUGCCGCGUGACACGAGUGACACGAGUGACAAGUUUGUUGUCGUUGUGGCCCAGUGAUGCAAUGCCCUCCGCCGUUGUGCUUGUGGCUCCCUGGACGCCGUGGCACCGCUAUAACAACACGCUGCUGUCACCGUGGCUCCGGUCAGCGCUGCCCCCCCAAGUCAAUAAACACCGCGUGCCCGCAACACGCGAUGCCCGUCGGGUGUUCUGUAUCCUUCGCCUGCCGUGACGCGCGCGCGAGCUCGGUUCUGUGCUCCGGUUCAUCCAGGAACCGGGAGGUCGUGGAUCGCUUGUCUACGGAUUCCGCGUGUGCCACCAUCCGAGGGGUGAGGCAUCGCUUUGGGCUCGCUGCAAAGUAGGUGGCACAGUGCCCGAUGUUACGUGGGGAGCGGUGGUGGAGCGGUUAGCGCUACGGACCCGGUGACCCGGGUUCGAUUCCCGCUCACGGCCAACACCGGUGACGAUCAUCUGAACCGGUCCUGGGCCUCCCCUAGGUCGACUCGGCCUCAAAUGAGUGCCUGGUGCGGUGUGUAAACAUCGCCACUGGGGAGACAAAGGCGGUCGGGCGUGGUGCUGGCCACCCAACCCCUCGUGUGCCGUUCCAGCCUUCAUAGGUGCUCGCUAACAGCACUUGCCCCAACAGUCUGUUAAGGCUACACGGGGGAUCUUUGUCUGAAUGUCAUCCACUUCAUGGUGUCGGGUUUCUUUCCGUGCACGCAGCCUUCAGGAAUUCGCUAAAGCAUCACCAAGUCUGGAAUCUUAAGACGUAUUUUGGCUUUCCGGAGUAAACAUUGUUCUUAUUUUUGUCAAAAGUGUCGCAUGUUAACACGGUUUGCUCUGUGCAUUUGCUGAGCUUGGCACACGGGCCCAUGGCACUGGAAGAAGACAUGGGUGGUCGUGUGAGGAAAGGCUUCGUCCAGCAGUGGAUAGAGCUCAACACUGCCGAUUACGCACAUUCUGGAUGCGAGGAAGCAAUUGUGGCAGGCGAAGGUGAUCCUUGGGUGGUUGAGGGGGCAGCGGUUGCAACACGCGCAGCUUUGUGUGUCAAAAAAUAUCAACAACAAAGAGACCGAAUGCCCUACGUGGCUAAAGUAAAUCUCCGAAAACCACCCCGAAUCAAAAGCGUGCGAUGUCUGCUGUGCAGUAAUCCGAGCGAUGACUGCAGAUCCAUCGGCGCGGUGUUUGUGAAGAAGGCUGCUCGGGUUCCACGCAGCGUUCUAACUCGUCGGCCUCGCGAGACAUCUCCCGACGACUUUUUCAUUUUUUUUCGCGAACGCGGCCUCACGCGCCACGUGGGGACCCAUGCUGUGGGGGUACAGGGGGUGGGGGGGUUACAAACCCCGCGGAUAAUUUGUUUGGGGAGGUUCGCCACCCACGUGACGGGAGCGCAGUGUCAUUGGGGGGGAAAAAAACGUGUUCUGUUUGAGUCUUCGUUUGUCGUUCACGGAGUGGCAGAUUGUAAAUUAUUACAGACCAAUUAUUCCAAAGAGAGGAUGAGACUCGGGUGUAGAUGUAGCGGUGAGGUCUCGUGGCUGCAAUGCAAUCCCAGGGUGGAACGGUGUAAUCGGCUAAAACACUUCUUACAUUCCAAUGCUGCACUGGGAUAUCGAGCAGAAGAAAAACACGGCUUAUUAUCAAAAUGGACAAAUCAUAAACGGGAGAUUACAUAUCAUUAUGUACAGAAUAAAAGUUACCCUUACUGUGUAAAUUCCA